AUGAUCGAACCGUCAUCAUCAUCAUCCCAAGGGAUAAAGAAAACACCCGAAGCGAUAUUCACGACACUUCGAUAUACCUCAUCCUCAUCGUCUGCGAACCUACCGGUGAAAAAAGAAUCACUUCCCUUGUUGGACCUGCAUUUCGAAAGGUUACGAGAGGCCUUUGAUCAUUUCUCCGAGAGGGACGGGAAAGACAGAUGGGGUGAUUGGCCGGGCGAAGAAUGUAUAUGGGAGAGAUUGAAGGAAGUACUUGAGCAGAGUCAGCCCGGUGAUUAUAGGGUGAGAAUAGUCAUACAUCCUCGUGGUAAAAUAGAAAUCCACUGUGUACCUGCUCCUAAAGAUGCUGGUCCAUUCACCCUUCUCCCAUCUCCCACUCGUCCAGAUAAGAGAAGACCAAUGAUCCUUGAUCCUCAAGACACCCCUGGCAAUCAUGAAUCAGCCGAAGCGACCGAUUUGAGAUUGUACAAAACGGUGAAUAGGGAUAUAUACGAUAAAGCAUACGAAAGGGGACAAACAAAUACGAAUGACACUUCCCAUAAUGAAGUACUACUUCAUACUCCAACCGAAAUACUCGAAACGACCACUUCCAACAUUGCUAUCCUUCUUCCCAGCUCACAAUCGUCUGAAUGGAUUACACCUGUAUUAUCCAAAGACACGCCAUUCCUAAAUGGAGUGAUGAGGAGGUACCUCCUCUCUCAGGGGGUGAUAGAAGAGGGUGAAGUGAAUAUUGAUAUGAUACGUAAAGUAAGGGACGAAGAGGGAGGUAGGAUAAUUGGAUUUAAUGGUUUGAGGGGUGUAUGGGAAGGUGAAUUGAUAUAA